ACCGCGCCAAAGCACAGACAGCGGCCACUCUCCGGGAUAAUAACACACCGCCGUGGCCCCUUUGCUUCACUGUACACUUUGUACGUUUGUGCUACACGUCUCAGUUCGGACUUUCUUUUCUUCAUUUUCAAGGCUGCUUGUUUUUGACGGGAAUACUUUGGCGUCGACACACACACAGGAGUCGGAAUUGAUGCCGGUUUUCGGGAAACUGUGCGCGACUUAACGGUCGUGACACGACUCGGUCGUCGGGCGCCGUGUGCUGCGGAGUCGGCACACACAGCUUUACUUGGACUGGAUUGCCAACACGGUCCCCGCAGCAAAGCUUCUAACUGAGCCUAUUUGUUGCUCUUGCUUCUUGUGACUUUUUUUUUAUUUUAUUUUAUAAAAAAAAAAAACAAGCCGAUCAGGACUCGUUUACGAAGGCGUCGUUCAGCUCGAAUAUGCUGCUGUCAAAGUUUGGUUCCUUUUCGCACAUUUGCAAUCCCUCGAGCAUGGACCACCUACCAGUGAAGAUCCAGCUCCAGCCCGUCAAGGCGGAGAAGGAGUCUUUCGAGAAGGUUUACCAAGUGGGCUCGGUGCUCGGCAGCGGAGGAUUCGGGACGGUGUAUGCCGGGAGCCGGAUCUCUGAUGGCGCACCGGUUGCAGUGAAACAUGUCGCGAAGGAGCGAGUGACCGAGUGGGGCACAAUUAACGGAGCCAUGGUGCCGCUGGAGAUCCUGCUGCUGAAGAAGGUCAGCUCGUCUUUUCGCGGAGUUAUUAAGCUGCUGGACUAUUACGAGCGCGCCGACGGCUGGCUCAUCGUCAUGGAGAGGCCGGAGCUCGUCAAGGACCUGUUCGACUUCAUCACCGAGAAGGGAGCCCUGGACGAGGACUCGGCGCGGGGCUUUUUCCGCCAGGUUCUGGAGGCGGUCAGGCACUGCUACAGCUGCGGCGUAGUACACAGGGACAUCAAAGACGAGAACCUGCUGGUGGACCUACGCACCGGGGAGCUCAAGCUUAUUGAUUUUGGCUCAGGGGCGAUUCUCAAGGACACGGUCUACACUGAUUUCGACGGCACGAGAGUCUACAGCCCGCCGGAAUGGAUCCGCUUCCACAGAUACCACGGCAGAUCGGCGACGGUGUGGUCGCUGGGCGUGCUGCUGUACGACAUGGUGUGCGGAGACAUCCCCUUCGAGCAAGACGACGAGAUCCUCAAGGGGAGGCUCUACUUCAGGAGAAGGAUCUCAGCCGAGUGCCAGCAGCUGAUCAAAUGGUGCCUGGCCCUGCGGCCCUCCGACCGGCCUACCCUCGAGCAGAUCUGCGACCACCCCUGGAUGAGGAUCACGGAGGAGUCGCCCAAAUCGCCAGAGGAGCCCGCGGCAGGGGACAUCCGCCUCAGAACCAUCGACACGGACUCGUCGACAAGCACAAGCUCGAGCAAGGAAAGCCUCUGAGCGCCGCUCUGAUGGACCGAACGGACUCUGUGAAGAAAGAGGGGGUGGGGAUGGAGAGAGGUGAUACGGACCUGUGCCCAUCUGAACUGUGAUUGGCCAUGACCGGGACUCACCUGGUCCAGAAAGAAAAGAAGAAAAAACAGGAAACAAGAAUACUUUCAUUUUUUCCUCUUUUGUAUAGAAUUUCUAAUUUAUUUUUGUUGGUUACUCUUUAUCUUAUUCCUCCCCAUCCCCUUUUUUUCCUAUUCAGUUUAUUAUACUUGUUUCCAAAUGGGGAACAUUUUGCUGUUGGGACGGUCUUACCAGCACUAUUUAUUUCCCCUCCCUUUCUUAAUAUUACUAUCUAUAUAUAGAUAUCUAUAUAUCUAUAUAUAGAUAGAUAUCUAUAUAUAUAUAGAUAUGUAUAGCUGGCAAGGCCCUCCUAUUCAGACUGCUCUCAUAGAGCUUGGAGAAGAGUUUUUAUUUAAAUGUUUUAAUUUUGAUUUUGGAGUGCCUUUUUUUGGAAAGCUGCUUUUCUUGGGGGGGCGUUUUCGUCAACAACUCACGAGGGAGGCCUGCAGCGUGGUUGUUCUAUUGUGCUGUGAUGGAAGAGGAUUCAAGAAGCCGUUUGGUGUUUCUUUUUUGUCCCCCCCCCCCUUCCUUUCAUCACUGUAAGCCAACGCCUCCCCAGCCAAGAGGUGAAGGUGGAGUUAAAUUAGGAGAGGGAGGAGGUGGGGGUUGGUUCUUACAACAAAAUACUUGAAAACGCUCUUGUCGAUCUCUGUAAACGCUGCUUAUUCACUCUAUAGCCUAAACAGGUGUUUUGGAGACUGAAUCCUGUCUUUUCUGAAUGUCUACGAAACGUCAACAUACACCUUCCCCACCCCCACCACCUUUUUCUCCUCCUCACGCCUGUUGCGGGGGGGGGGAGGGAUGGUUCUUCUUUUUGCCUCCCACCGUCUCACUGCUUGACACCAUGAGGCCCCCCCCCUCACCCCGCCCCGCCCCCGGCCUCCCUAAGGGUUUAGGGUUUAGAUGCACAAUCAAUGCAAUAUUCAUGGGUUCAAUUGUUUUUGGGUUUUUUUUUCCUGCAAAUAUUGUACAGCGUGUUUUUAUUUUAUUUUUAUUUCUCUUUUUUUUUGUGUGUGUAAAUUUUUUUUCUCCAUUCGCAUUUAAUUUAUUCAGAAACAUGUAGACAUUCCACACUCUGUGGCUAUUUAUUUAUUUAUUGUCAAUGCUUAAACCCCCCCCCCCCCCCCACACACACACACACACACAGAUUAGCAUAACCCACUUGGCCUUUGGUUUGCAUUCCUAUAACCUAUUUUUACAUUUCAACUUUUUUUCUGAGAUGUGGAGGAUGCACUGAAGCAGUUGUCAAUGUAAAACAGAAUUAAAAAAAAAAAGGUUUACUUAAAUUUAAGCAGAGCAUUUGAAUGUUAUUUAAUUACUUUAAAGGAAUAAAGUCUGUUGGUAAUGUUAAAUGACUACGUAUCAGAGUAAUACAUCUGGUUUGUGUACUGUCAAGAUUAAUUUAAGUUCUAUGGCAAAAUAAAUACUAGACAGAGCAGUUUUUAUAGUUUUGUCACAUAGCCUAUAAAUGAGACAUUUCACUUUAGCCAUGUGACUUGUGUGAAGGAUGGAUAUUGCUAUUUUUUGAUACAGAAGUUUCAAUUAAACGCCCAUUUUUAUGUACAGAAA